GCUAGAAGUGUGGGGGUUAAGCCUUCCACGUGCACUUCAUUUGCUUCUAUGGCCUCCAAUGCCCUAAGAAGAAGCUCACAGUUCAUAUCCCAGCCAAAGAGAAGUAUGAGCCGGAGGAAGGGGAGGAAGAAGAAGAAAGCCCAUUUCAGUUACAUGGGGAAAAUCCUAAAGCAAACCCACCCAGACUUCAGUGGGAACUCCUGGAUCUUGGAUGCACUGGGAGCUCUGGAGGACUGGCGGCUGGAAUGCAUUAGCCGGGAGUCGGUUAGGUUGUCCCUCUACAACCACAGAAGAGCCAUCACCAGCAGAGAGAUCCUGGCAGCAGUCAAGCAGAGAUCCUCUUGGAAGAGCUUUUGA